AUGAGAGCUGUCUCUGUUUGUACAUACAGAUCAUCUGUUUUUACCGUUUCCCCCUCCUACCAGAUCCUGUACAACAGAACAAUGGUCCAACUUGGCAUUUGUGCAUUUAGGCAGGGCAUGAUUAAAGAUGCCCACAAUGCACUGCUGGACAUUCAGUCCUCUGGCCGUGCCAAGGAGCUGCUGGGUCAAGGUUUGCUCAUGAGGAACAUGCAGGAGAGGAAUGCAGAGCAGGAGAAGAUUGAAAAGCGAAGACAAGUGCCGUUCCACAUGCACAUCAACCUGGAGCUGCUGGAGUGUGUGUACCUGGUGUCAGCUAUGCUGCUGGAAAUACCCUACAUGGCCGCCCAUGAGUUUGAUGCCCGCCGCCGGAUGAUCAGCAAGCAGUUCCACCACCAGCUCAGGGUCGGGGAGAGACAGCCCCUGCUAGGACCCCCAGAGAGCAUGAGGGAGCACGUGGUGGCAGCCAGCAAAGCCAUGAAGAUGGGAGACUGGCUUUUCUCUUCCCAACAGGCGUCACUCGACCAGCCCACACAGACGGUGGUGAUGCACCGCACUGAGCCAACGUCUCUGCAGAACAUGGCUCUGCAGCUGGCAGAGAAACUGGGCAACUUGGUGGAGAACAACGAGCGCGUCUUUGACCUCAAACAGGGCGUCUAUGGAGGUUACUUCAACAGAGAUCAGAAAGGUGGCUACCAACAGAAGCAAUCCUACCAGAGAGAUCAGAAAUCUUACCAGCAGAAGCAGUCGGGUUACCAGAGAGGCGGUUACAGGAAUCAAAAUCAAGGAAAUUACUGAGCUUGAAGUUUGUGGAUUUCAGUUUUUCCAGUAGAGCUGUUCUUCAUUCCAAAACAACAUCAGUACCUCAUUUUGUGAGCUUGGCUCUUGGUCAUGCUCCCUCAAUGAAACUGUUUUGCUCUCUGCUUCUAUGUCAGUUAGCAUUGCUUUGUGUCAGCAAUGGCAGAUGUGAUAUUCCACUUCUGUCAGUUGCUUGGAAUAAAUCUGGAGUUUUAUUAUUUUUAACAGAAUAUUAAUAAAUAAAUAUUAAACAGU